CCAGGUGGACGGGUGAAAUGUCAGUAUAUUUCUGCAGUGGAUAAAGUGAUCUUUGUGGACGAUUAUGCAGUAGGAUGUAGAAAAGAUCUUAAUGGCAUCUUACUGUUAGACACAGCUCUGCAAACACCUGUUUCAAAACAAGAUGACGUGGUUCAGCUUGAAUUGCCAGUUACAGAGGCUCAGCAGCUGUUAUCUGCUUGCAUAGAAAAAGUAGAUGUUUCUAGCACAGAGGGAUAUGACUUAUUCAUCACACAACUGAAGGAUGGUUUAAAAAAUACCUCACAUGAAACAGCAGCAAAUCAUAAAGUUGCAAAGUGGGCAACGGUUACGUUCCACCUUCCUCAUCAUGUUUUGAAGUCUGUCGCCAGUGCCAUUGUAAAUGAACUCAAGAAGAUAAAUCAAAAUAUUGCUGCCUUACCUGUAGCAUCCUCUGUGAUGGAUAGGUUAUCUUACCUCUUACCCAGCGCACGACCAGAACUUGGUGUGGGACCUGGUCGAUCUGUGGACAGGUCUUUGAUGUAUAGUGAAGCUAACAGACGGGAGACAUUCACUUCAUGGCCUCAUGUGGGUUAUAGGUGGGCACAGCCAGAUCCUAUGGCUCAAGCUGGGUUCUAUCACCAGCCUGCUUCAUCAGGAGAUGACAGAGCAAUGUGCUUUACCUGUAGUGUGUGUUUGGUAUGUUGGGAGCCUACAGAUGAACCUUGGUCUGAACAUGAGAGACAUUCCCCAAACUGCCCAUUUGUCAAGGGUGAGCACACUCAGAAUGUACCUCUUUCAGUCACACUGGCAACAAGUCCAGCACAAUUUCCCUGCACAGAUGGCACUGACAGAAUAGCCUGCUUUGGAUCUGGAAGUUGCCCUCAUUUUCUAGCUGCUGCAACAAAACGAGGAAAGAUCUGCAUCUGGGAUGUUUCCAAACUUAUGAAGGUCCACUUAAAAUUUGAAAUCAAUGCAUAUGAUCCGGCUAUUGUGCAGCAACUUAUGUUAUCAGGAGAACAGAGCUCAGGGGUCGACUCAAGGAGGCCAACACUAGCAUGGCUAGAAGAUUCAUCUAGCUGCUCAGAUAUACCAAAAUUAGAAGGAGACAGUGAUGACCUUCUGGAGGAUUCAGACAGUGAAGAGCAUUCCAGAUCGGAAUCUGUGACAGGGCAUACAUCACAAAAAGAAACCAUGGAAGUCAGCCUUGAUAUAACAGCUCUCAGCAUUCUUCAGCAACCUGAAAAACUUCAGUGGGAAAUUGUUGCAAAUGUUCUGGAAGACACGGUUAAGGAUCUAGAAGAACUUGGGGCAAAUCCCUGUUUGGCCAACUGUAAGAGUGAAAAGAUGAAGGAAAAACAUCUAGAACAACACAACAUUCCCUUUCCUUGUUUAUUAGCUGGAGGCCUAUUAACAUACAAAUCACCUGCUACCUCUCCUGUUAGCAGUAACUCUCAGAGGUCACUGGAUGGCUUAAGUAGGACUCGAGGUGAGAGUGUCUCAGAGCAGGGAUCAACUGACAAUGAAUCCUGCACUAAUUCAGAACUGAAUUCCCCUCUGGUAAGGAGGACUUUACCUGUAUUGCUGCUAUACAGCAUUAAGGAGUCUGAUGAAAAAGCAGGAAAACUCUUUUCACAGAUGAACAAUAUUAUGAGUAAAAGUAUACAUGAUGAUGGUUUCACAGUUCCACAGAUCAUUGAAAUGGAGCUGGACAGUCAGGAACAGUUGCUGUUACAGGAUCCCCCUGUAACUUAUAUUCAACAAUUUGCAGAUGCUGCAGCCAACCUAACUUCUCCGGACUCGGACAAGUGGAGCUCUAUGGUUCCUAAGCCUGGGACUUUGGUUCAGUGCCUGCGUCUGCCAAAGUUUGCAGAGGAGGAGAACCUGUGUGUAGAUUCAAUCACGCCUUGUGCAGAUGGAGUUCAUUUGUUAGUAGGACUGCGGACUUGUCCUGUCGAAUCUCUGAGUGCAAUAAAUCAAGUAGAGGCCUUGAAUAAUUUAAAUAAAUUAAACUCGGCACUAUGUAAUAGAAGGAAGGGGGAACUAGAAUCAAGUCUUGCUGUAGUGAAUGGCACGAGCAUUGAUGUAAUCCAACAUGAGUCACCAGCAGAUGUACCAACCCCUCUAAUAAUUCAACCUGAACAGAGGAGUGUUAGUGGUGGAUACCUAGUGCUUUAUAAGAUGAAUUAUGCCACUAGAAUAGUUACUCUAGAGGAGGAACCGGUAAAAAUCCAGCAUAUCAAAGAUCCCCAAGACACAAUUACCUCAAUGAUUUUGCUCCCACCAGAUAUAUUGGAUAAUCGAGAGGAUGACUGUGAGGAGCCUGUAGAGGAAAUACAAUUAACUUCUAAAAAUGGCAGUGGGAGAGAGAGAAGAUCCGAGAUCUGUACUCUUGGGCACCUGGUAAUAACUACUCAGGGAGGAUAUGUAAAAAUACUAGAUCUUUCGAACUUUGAAAUUCUGGCCAAAGUGGAGCCACCUAAAAAAGAGGGCACUGAGGAACCAGAUAUGUUUGUCUCUGUGAUAUACUGUUCGGGCACAGACAGAUUAUGUGCAUGCACCAAAGGUGGAGAACUUCAUUUCCUUCAGAUUGGAGGGACCUGCGAUGACAUAGAUGAAGCUGAUAUACUCGUAGAUGGAUCCCUUUCCAAAAGUGUAGAACAAUCAUCAGAAGGCACCAAGCCCUUAUCUAACCCUUCUAGUCCAGGCAUUACAGGAGUUGAUCUUUUGGUGGACCAGCCAUUUUCCCUUGAAACACUGACAUCCCUGGUGGAACUGACCCGUUUUGAGACCUUGACGCCACGGUUUUCAGCCACUGUCCCUCCCUGUUGGGUAGAAGUCCAGCAAGAGCAGCAGCAAAGGCGGCAUCCUCAGCAUUUGCACCAGCAGCAUCAUGGGGAUGCAGCUCAGCAUACUCGAACUUGGAAGCUACAGACAGAUAGCAACAGUUGGGAUGAGCAUGUCUUUGAACUGGUUCUACCAAAAGCCUGUAUGGUUGGACAUGUGGACUUCAAAUUUGUUUUGAACUCAAACAUCACAAAUAUUCCCCAGAUUCAAGUGACUUUACUGAAAAAUAAAGCUCCAGGCUUAGGGAAAGUCAAUGAAGCAGCAGUAGAUAGACAGAUCACAUUUCCUUUAUCUCCAGCUCAUAAUAUUGAAGUGGAGAGAAAUGGAAAACCAGGACUGGUUGAAUUCAAUGAAGAAAUGCAGUAUAUGGAUGUAGAGGAACCACAAUGUCUUAGAUUGUGUCCGUUUCUGGAGGAACACAAGGAAGAUAUACUUUGUGGUCCAGUAUGGCUGGCUACUGGACUUGAUCUAUCAGGACAUGCUGGAAUGUUGACACUAACAAGUCCAAAGCUUGUUAAAGGCAUGGCUGGUGGCAAGUAUCGCUCAUUUUUAAUUCAUGUUAAAGCAGUGAAUGACAGAGGAACAGAAGAAAUCUGCAAUGGUGGCAUUAGACCAGUUGUUAGAAUACCAUCUCUAAAACCUCAGACUAACAAGGGCCAUUCCCUUGCUUCAUUGUUGGCAAAAGUUGCAGCAGGCAAGGAAAAGCCAUCUAGCAAAAUUGAAGCCACUAAUUCUUCAAGAAAAUCAGAUAAUCUGAGAGGCUGUGACUUACUUCAAGAAGUCUCUGUAACGAUUCGAAGAUUUAAAAAAACUUCCAUUUCAAAGGAAAGAGUUCAACGGUGUGCCAUGUUACAGUUUUCAGAGUUCCAUGAGAAGCUGCUCACUACUCUUUGCAAGAAGACAGAUGAUGGUCUGACUACAGAACAUGCUCAGAGUCUUGUACUAGACACUCUUUGUUGGCUGGCCGGAGUGUAUUCAAAUGGACCUGGCAGCUCAAAGGAAGGAAAUGACAGUUUGCUUUCUAAAACACGUAAAUGUGUCCCUGAUAUAAUACGCGUUUGCUUCUUUGAAGCUGGGCGGAGCAUAGCUCACAAAUGUGCACGAUUUCUUGCUCUAUGCAUCAGCAAUGGCAGGUGUGACCCAAGUCAGCAGGGGUUUGGAUCAGUUCUUCUAAAAGCUUUACUUGACAAUAUGCCUCUUUUGCCUGCAGCUGCAACAGGUGGAUCUGUGUAUUGGUAUUUUGUAUUGCUGAAUUACGUAAAGGAUGAAGAUCUGGCAGGAUGUAGUACAGCUUGUGCAUCGUUGCUAACUGCUGUGUCCCGACAGUUGCAGGAUCGCCUGACACCUAUGGAAGCAUUACUUCAAACAAGAUAUGGAUUAUAUAGUUCACCUUUUGAUCCAGUUCUAUUUGAUUUGGAAAUAAGUGGUUCUUCUUGUAAAAAUGUAUACAACAGCAGCAUUGGAGUACAGUCAGAUGAAAUUGAUUUAUCUGAUGUUCUAUCAGGAAAUGGGAAAAUAAGUAGCUGUGCAGCUGCUGAAGGUAGUUUUACUUCCCUUACUGGACUUCUGGAAGUUGAACCUCUGCACUUUACCUGUGUUUCAACAAGUGAUGGGACUAGAAUAGAAAGGGACGAUGCAAGUACGUUUACUGUGAGUACCUUUGGGGUUACCCCAGCAGUUGGUGGCCUCUCUUCUGGAACGGUUGGGGAAGCCUCGACAGCACUGAGUUCAGCAGCCCAGGUAGCUUUGCAGUCUCUCUCUCAUGCAAUGGCCUCAGCCGAGCAACAGCUCCAGGUGCUGCAAGAGAAACAGCAGCAGCUUUUGAAGCUUCAGCAACAGAAGGCUAAGCUGGAAGCAAAACUGCAUCAGACAACAGCAGCGGCAGCAGCAGCAGCAUCAGCAGUUGGUCCUGUUCACAACUCUGUGCCUUCUAAUCCAGUAGCAGCCCCAGGGUUCUUCAUCCAUCCUUCAGAUGUCAUUCCACCCACACCAAAAACAACUCCUCUAUUCAUGACUCCACCUUUGACUCCACCUAAUGAGGCAGUUUCUGCUGUUAUUAAUGCAGAGCUUGCUCAGCUUUUCCCUGGUUCAGUCAUUGAUCCUCCAGCAGUUAACCUUGCAGCACAUAACAAAAAUACAAGCAAGUCCAGAACGAAUCCACUUGGAUCCGGUCUUGCUCUUGCAAUAUCUCACGCCUCACAUUUUCUUCAACCUCCACCUCAUCAGUCAAUUAUUAUAGAGCGAAUGCACUCAGGAGCAAGAAGAUUCGUGACCUUAGAUUUUGGAAGACCUAUAUUGCUGACGGAUGUGUUGAUUCCCACUUGUGGAGAUUUGGCUUCUUUGUCAAUUGACAUCUGGACUUUAGGAGAAGAAGUGGAUGGGAGGCGACUGGUAGUGGCUACUGACAUUAGCACACAUUCACUUAUUUUACAUGACUUGUUACCACCCCCAGUUUGCAGGUUUAUGAAGAUCACUGUUAUUGGUCGAUAUGGUAGCACAAAUGCCAGAGCAAAAAUCCCAUUAGGAUUUUAUUAUGGUCAUACCUAUAUCUUACCCUUUGAAAAUGAGCUGAAACUAAUGCACGAUCCCCUCAGAGGAGAAGGUGAAGCUGCAAAUCAGCCAGAAAUCGACCAACAUUUGGCAAUGAUGGUUGCGUUGCAAGAAGACAUACAGUGCAGGUACAAUUUGGCCUGUCACCGGUUAGAAAUCCUCCUGCAGAGUAUUGACCUGCCACCACUCAAUAGUGCCAACAAUGCCCAGUACUUUUUACGAAAGCCAGACAAGGCAGUAGAAGAAGAUAGCAGAGUAUUUUCUGCUUACCAGGACUGCAUUCAGCUACAGCUUCAACUCAACUUGGCUCACCAUGCUGUUCAGAGGCUCAAAGUAGCCUUAGGUGCAAGCAGGAAAACACUGAAGGAGCAAUCUGAUCCAAAAGAGUUGAUUCAGAUGUCAUCCACAGAACAGUUACGCACUAUCAUUAGAUACUUACUGGAUACUUUGCUUAGUUUGCUUCAUUCUUCCAAUGGGCACUCUGUUCCUGUGGUUCUGCAAAGUACUUUUCAUGCUCAAGCUUGUGAAGAAUUAUUUAAACACCUAUGUAUCAGUGGAACCCCAAAGAUACGAUUGCAUACUGGCCUUCUGCUUGUUCAGCUCUGUGGAGGAGAAAGAUGGUGGGGUCAGUUUCUCUCAAACGUACUGCAGGAAUUAUACAAUUCAGAGCAACUUCUUAUAUUCCCACAAGACAGGGUCUUCAUGUUGCUUUCUUGCAUUGGCCAAAGAUCGCUUAGCAACAGUGGUGUUUUAGAAAGUUUACUUAAUCUCCUGGAUAACCUGCUGUCACCACUGCAACCUCAUUUACCUGUGCACAGAAGAACUGAAGGAGUUUUAGACAUUCCCAUGAUCAGCUGGGUUGUAAUGCUGGUGUCCAGACUACUGGAUUAUGUAGCUACUGUUGAAGAUGAAGCAGCCACGGCCAAGAAACCUUUGAAUGGAAAAGAGAGGGAACGAUUUUUGACAGGAAACCAGUGGAGUUUUAUAAAUAAUAGCCUUCACACUCAGAGUCUGAGCAGAUCUACUAAAGGCAACAGUAGCCUAGAUAGACUGUAUUCCCGAAAGAUCAGAAAACAGCUUGUGCAUCAUAAACAGCAACUUAACUUAUUAAAAGCAAAACAGAAGGCUUUGGUGGAACAGAUGGAAAAAGAGAAAAUACAAAGCAACAAAGGAUCAUCAUACAAACUUUUAGUAGAACAGGCAAAACUAAAGCAGGCUACUUCAAAGCACUUCAAGGACUUAAUACGCUUACGUCGGACUGCAGAAUGGCCUCGUUCUACUUUAGAUACAGAAGUAUCAACAACAAAGGAAACUCCGGAAAUUGAACCACUUCCAUUUACGCUGGCACAUGAACGUUGUAUUUCUGUAGUGCAGAAGCUAGCACUUUUUCUCUUGUCCAUGGACUUCACUUGUCAUGCAGAUUUACUUCUCUUUGUUUGUAAGGUUCUUGCUAGAAUUGCAAAUGCUACAAGACCAACAAUUCAUUUAUGUGAGAUUGUAAACGAGACUCAGUUGGAAAGAUUAUUGCUGCUUCUUGUUGGAACUGACUUUAACAGAGGAGACAUCUCUUGGGGAGGCGCAUGGGCUCAGUAUUCUCUGACUUGUAUGCUGCAGGAUAUUCUAGCAGGAGAGUUGUUGGCACCUAUAGCAGCUGAAGCUAUGGAAGAAAGUGCUUUGGGAGAAGAUGCUGGAGCUUCGGCUGGGGAUUCUGAUGACUCUCUCCAGCAGUCCACAGUUCAGUUAGUGGAAACAAUAGAUGAGCCUUUGACACAUGACAUCACAGGUGCUCCACCUCUGUCAUCUUUGGAAAAAGAUAAGGACAUUGACCUUGAAUUACUGCAAGACCUGAUGGAAGUUGAUAUUGAUCCUUUGGAUAUUGAUUUGGAAAAAGAUCCUCUUGCGGCCAAAGUCUUCAAGCCUAUAAGCAGCACCUGGUACGAUUACUGGGGUGCUGAUUAUGGCACCUACAAUUACAAUCCUUAUAUUGGAGGCGUUGGAAUUCCAGUUGCAAAACCACCGGUAACUACAGAGAAAAAUGGAUCACAAACUGUGAGCGUAUCAGUCUCUCAAGCUUUAGAUGCACGUCUAGAAGUUGGACUUGAACAGCAGGCUGAGCUGAUGCUGAAAAUGAUGUCCACCCUGGAGGCUGAUUCCAUUCUACAAGCAUUAACAAACACAUCUCCUACAUUAACCCAGUCUCCUAGUGGAACAGAUGAUUCGUUGCUAAGAGGAUUACAUGCUGCUAACCAAAAUGGCCAGUUGAUUGUACAGUUGUCGUCUAUACCUAUGCUAAGCACAUGCUUCAACAAACUCUUUUCCAUGCUACAAGUCCACCAUGUUCAGCUUGAAUCCCUUUUACAGUUAUGGCUCACAUUAAGCCUAAAUUCUAGCUCCUCUGGAAGUAAGGAUAGUGGCGCUGAUAUUUUCCUUUAUAACGCUAACCGAAUACCUGUCAUUUCCUUGAACCAAGCUUCAGUAACUAGCUUCCUGUCGGUUCUGGCAUGGUAUCCCAAUACCUUACUGCGGACAUGGUGCCUUGUGCUUCAUAGCCUAACUCUCAUGACAAACAUGCAGCUUAAUGCUGGUCCAAGCAGUGUCAUUGGAGCUCAGGAAAGUACUGCCCAAUUGUUGGUGUCAGAUCCAAACCUCAUUCAUGUGUUAGUGAAAUUUCUUUCCGGCACUAAUCCUCAUGGAACAAAUCAACACAGUCCACAGGUUGGGCCAACAGCAACACAAGCUAUGCAAGAAUUUCUUACUCGAUUACAAGUGCAUCUUUCUUCAACUUGUCCUCAGAUGUUCAGUGAAUUUUUAUUGAAAUUAAUACAUAUACUUUCAACAGAAAGGGGUGCUUUCCAGACAGGCCAGGGACCCUUGGAUGCACAAGUGAAACUCUUGGAAUUCACCCUGGAACAGAAUUUUGAAGUUGUAUCAGUUAGCACUAUUUCUGCAGUAAUUGAGUCUAUAACCUUCCUUGUGCAUCAUUACAUUACAUGUUCAGACAAAGUGAUGUCUCGCAGUGGCUCAGACAGCUCUGUGGGUGCUCGAGCGUGUUUUGGAGGGCUUUUUGCCAAUAUUAUCCGUCCAGGUGAUGCCAAAGCAGUUUGUGGAGAAAUGACAAGGGAUCAACUUAUGUUUGAUUUGUUAAAGCUGGUCAACAUUUUAGUUCAACUGCCGCUUUCCAGUAACCGAGAAUAUAGUGCCCGUGUUCCAGUACCAAGCAGUACUACAGACAGUGUGUCUGAUGAAGAAAAGGUUUCAGGAGGCAAAGAUGGCAAUGGAAAUAACCCUAAUACUCAAGGAUCAACUGCGUAUGUGGCAGACUUGGUGUUAGCCAACCAACAAAUUAUGAGCCAGAUUUUGUCUGCACUUGGCCAGUGUAACAGCAGCGCUAUGGCAAUGAUUAUUGGUGCCAGUGGCUUACAUCUUACUAAACAUGAAAACUUUCAUGGUGGCUUAGAUGCAAUAUCAGUUGGAGAUGGGUUGUUCACUAUCCUGACAACACUUAGUAAAAAAGCAACAACAGUGCAAGUGAUGCUUCAGCCAAUUCUUACCUACAUGGCCUGUGGGUACAUGGGAAGACAAGGUUCUCUCGCCACUUGUCAGUUAUCUGAGCCACUGCUCUGGUUCAUUUUACGAGUGUUGGAUACAAGUGAGGCACUGAAGGCCUUCCAUGAUAUGGGUGGUGUUCAGCUUAUUUGUAACAACAUGGUAACGAGCACAAGAGCUAUUGUUAACACAGCAAGAAGUAUGGUUUCAACUAUUAUGAAAUUUCUUGAUUCUGGUCCCACCAAAGCAACAGACAGCAGUUUGAAAGCUCGAGUGCUAGCUUCUGAGCCUGAUAAUGCAGAAGGAAUUCACAAUUUUGCACCUUUGGGUUCCAUCACCUCAAGCAGUCCCACUGCCCAACCUGCUGAAGUGCUGUUACAGGCUACUCCUCCCCACAGACGAGCUCGGUCUGCUGCGUGGUCGUACAUAUUUUUACCUGAGGAAGCUUGGUGUGACCUCACGAUUCACCUUCCCGCAGCUGUGCUGCUCAAGGAGAUCCACAUCCAGCCUCACCUGGCCUCUCUGGCGACUUGCCCUUCAUCAGUAUCUGUUGAAAUAAGUGCAGAUGGUGUCAAUAUGUUACCUUUGUCAACUCCUGUUAUAACAAGUGGUCUCACGUAUAUAAAAAUCCAGCUGGUAAAAGCUGAAGUUGCCUCAGCUGUCUGCCUCCGUCUCCAUCGCCCUCGGGAUGCCAGUACGCUAGGCCUCUCUCAGAUCAAACUGUUAGGCCUCACGGCCUUCGGAAACACCUCGUCUGCAACUGUCAAUAAUCCUUUCCUUCCCUCAGAGGAUCAAGUCUCUAAAACAAGUAUUGGAUGGUUAAGAUUAUUACACCACUGCCUCACUCACAUAAGUGAUUUAGAAGGAAUGAUGGCUAGUGCUGCAGCACCCACUGCUAAUCUGUUGCAGACAUGUGCUGCUUUACUGAUGUCACCUUACUGUGGUAUGCAUUCUCCAAACAUUGAGGCUGUGCUUGUAAAAAUUGGGCUUCAGUCCACCAGAAUAGGCCUAAAAUUGAUUGACAUUCUGCUAAGAAACUGCUCAGCAUCAGGGAGUGAUCCUGCAGAUCUGAAUAGCCCUUUACUGUUUGGAAGAUUAAAUGGUCUCUCUUCUGACUCCACAAUAGACAUUCUUUAUCAGCUUGGAACAACUCAAGACCCUGGAACAAAAGAUAGAAUUCAAGCAUUGCUGAAAUGGGUCAGCGAUUCUGCAAGAGUUGCAGCUAUGAAAAAAAGUGGCCGGGUCAGCUAUAUUUGUCCAAAUAGCUCAACAAGAGAGUAUGGUCUUUUGAUGCCAUCUCCUUCCCAUUUGCAUUGUGUAGCAGCAAUUUUGUGGCAUAGUUACGAAUUGCUUGUUGAAUAUGAUUUACCAGCGUUGCUGGACAGAGAACUGUUUGAGUCACUCUUUAACUGGUCCAUGUCUCUUCCCUGCAACAUGGUUUUGAAGAAAGCUGUUGAUAGUUUGCUUUGCUCAAUGUGCCACAUCCACCCAAAUUAUUUUUCCUUACUCAUGGGAUGGAUGGGUAUCACUCCUCCUCCAAUGCAGUGUCAGCACAGACUGUCCAUGACUGAUGACAGCAAAAAGCAGGACCUUAGUUCAUCCUUAACAGAUGACUCUAAAAACGCACAAGCCCCUCUUGCACUAACAGAGUCUCACCUGGCUACUCUUGCUGCUUCAUCUCAGUCUCCUGAAGCUAUCAAGCAAUUACUGGACUCAGGUUUGCCUUCACUGCUUGUAAGAAGUCUUGCUAGUUUUUGCUUUAACCAUACUUCUAGCUCUGACUGCACUGCACAAUCAAUGGAUAUCACCCAGGACAGGCUCAGGAGGCAUCAUGUUCCACAGCACUUUAAUAAAAUGCCUAUCACGGCAGACCUGGUUGCUCCUGUUCUCAGGUUUUUGACAGAAGUUGGCAACAGCCACAUGAUGAAGGAUUGGUUGGGUGGCUCUGAAGUCAAUCCAUUGUGGACAGCACUUUUAUUUCUGUUGUGCCAUUCUGGUGCUACUUCUGGAGGACACAAUGUGACAGCACAACAGACCAGUGCAAGAUCUAGCUUGCUUUCUUCAACUGUAACAGCAGGGUUGACCACUCAGCAGCGGACAGCAAUUGAAAAUGCAACAGUUGCUUUCUUUUUACAGUGCAUUUCUUGCCAUCCUAAUAACCAGAGACUUAUGGCACAG